AUGAUCAUAGAGAGUGAUGGCGAAUCUUCACCUCAGAGGAAAAGCCCCAGGCCGUCUCCAAGGUCAUCACCACGCUCAGGUGAACCGAAGAGUCCCAGGUCUCGAGAUAUGUUCAUGGAUGAUUACGCUUCACCCCCAGGUCAACAGGAGAGUCCCACCCGGUCUCCAAAGUCACCACCGCGUUAUAUUAAAGAGGAGGAGGCUGGGACGCCGCCAGCACGACUAUCUCCAACCAGAGGGCGGGAACCCACUUCACCGCAGUCAGGGCCACCUUCGCCUAAAGGGAAAAAACCAUCUUCGCCUAACGGGAAGAGACCAUCUUCACCUGACGGGAAGAGACCACCUUCACCUGACGGGAAGAGACCAUCUUCACCUGACGGGAAGAGACCACCUUCACCUGACGGGAAGAGACCACCUUCACCUGACGGGAAGAGACCAUCUUCACCUAACGGGAAGAAACCACCUUCACCUAAAGGGUUACCUUCUUCGCCGCCGGCACGACCACCUUCACCGGAACAGAGGGAAUCUACUCCGCCGCCCUUAGGGCAAUCUUCACCUAAAGGGAAGAAACCUUCUUCGCCGCCGGCACCACCACCUUCACCUGAGCAAUGGGAACAUACUGAGCCGCCGUCUAGAGGGUGGCCAUACACUUCACCACUGACACGAAUACCUUCACCUGAGCAGUGGGAACCUACUCCGCCUCCACCUUCACCUGAUAGGGAACGAACUCCGCCGUCGUCUCCGCCUAGAGGGCGGACACCCACGCCGCCACUUUCACCUGCUUAUACGGAACGUCCUCCAAGGUCGCCACGAUCCGCCUCACCUGAAAAGCAAGAACCUCUUCCAGGGUCUCCACGAUACGCCUCACCUGAAAGGUUAGAAUAUCCUCCAUCGCCGCCACGAUUCCCUUCAUCUCCAAGGAGGAAAGGCUCUUCACCGCCGUCAUCACCAACUCCACCUGUGUAUGCACCUGGCAAAUCACCAAUAGCUUCACCCGAGCGGAAGAGCGGCAAAUCACCAAGACGGCCCCUAUCACCUGACGAGGGACGAGCCUCACCAAGUGCAAAGCGAGGAAGUCCACCCAGGGAAUCGGAGAGAUUGCGCACGAGCUCCCCUCAAAAUCGAACAGGCGAGAAACCAAAGGAUGAAGAAAUAAAGCGAGAAAAAUCCAUCUCAACGAGUAUAUUUACACGCGUUGGUAGUAGCAUCUGGAAAUAUAUACCUACAAACGGUCCAACUAAAAACGCUCCAACUAAAAACGCUCCGACUAAACACCCUCUGCCCUUCCACCCCUCUCAGGUCGCACCUCCUCCACCCCCACCAGAAUCAGAAUCUGAUGAGGAUGAAAAACGUCGCCGAGGAUACGGCUUUAAAGAUGUGUGCCCCCCUGGUGAAAAGUGUGACAUCACGUUCGCGCCAGAUGGAACACUUCCCAUGCGUUUCGGGGGUGAUCCAAAUAAGGAGAGCGGGAGGAAAGGGAGGAAACAACGAUAGUGUCUGGAACCCAGGAUAUGGAA